AUGGAUUUCGUCAAGAAGGCAGCCAGCAGCAUGGGCGGCAGCAGUGAGAACAAGGACAACAAGUCCGAGAACAAGAGCCAGCAGAAGGACGACUAUGGUGACAAGGCCUUUUCUGCUGUCAAUGACAAGGCCGGCUGGGGCAUCAGCAAGGACAACCAGGAGAAGAUCACUGACGGCGCCCGUGAGGGGUACGAGAAGUACUCUGGUUCCCAGGUUCCUGACAAGUACUCCAACUAG